UCCAAAACACUACAGCAAAUGUAGGGAUUUCAGCCCUGAACAUUACAGCAUACAUAGGGACUUCAACCCUGAACACUACAGCACAUACAGGGACUUCAGUCCAGAACACUACAGCAUACAUAGGGACUUCAGUUCAGAAUACUACAGCAUUCAUAGAGAAUUCGGUCCAGAACACUACAGCAUACAUAGGGACUACAACCCCAAAAACUACAGCAUACAUAGGGCCUUCAACCCCAAACACUACAGCAUACAUAGAGACUUCAACCCCAAACACUACAGCAUACAUAGAGACUUCAACCCUGAACACUACAUCAUACAUAGGGACUUCAGGCCAGAGCACUAAAGCAUACAUAGGGACUUCGGUCCAAAACACUACUGAACACAUAGGGACUUCACUCCAGAACACUACAGCAUACAUAGAGACUUCAACCCCAAACACUACAGCACACAUAGAGACUUCAACCCCAAACACUACAGCACACAUAGAGACUUCAACCCCAAACACUACAGCACACAUAGGGACUUCAACCCCAAACACUACAGCAUACAUAGAGACUUCAUCCCUGAACACUACAGCACACAUAGAGACUUCAACCCCAAACACUACAGCAUACAUAGGGACUUCAACCCCAAACACUACAGCAUACAUAGGGACUUCAACCCCAAACACUACAGCAUACAUAGGGACUUCAACCCCAAACACUACAGCAUACAUGGGGACUUCGGCCCAGAACACUACAGCAUACAUAGGGACUUCAUCCCUGAACACUACAGCAUACAUGGGGACUUCGGCCCAGAACACUACAGCAAACGUAGGGAUUCCAGCCCUGAACACUACAGCAUACAUUGGGACUUCAGCCCAGAACACUACAGCAUACAUAAGGACUUCGGUCCAAAACACUACUGAACACAUAGGGACAUCAGUCCAGAACACUACAGCAUACAUAGGGAUUUCAGUUCAGAAUACUACAGCAUACAUAGAGACUUCAACCCCAAAUACUACAGCAUACAUAGGGACUUCACUCCAGAACACUACAGCAUACAAAGGGACUUCAACCCUGAACACUACAGCAUACAUGGGGACUUCAGUCCAGAACACUACAGCAUACAUAGAGAAUUCGGUCCAGAACACUACAGCAUACAUAGGGACUUCAACCCCAAACACUACAUCAUACAUAGGGACUUCAGUACAGAACACUACAGCAUACAUAGAGACUUCAACCCCAAAUACUACAGCAUUCAUAGGGACUUCAGUACAGAACACUACAGCAUACAUAGAGACUUCAACCCCAAACACUACAGCACAUACAGGAACUUCAGUCCAGAGCACUACUGAACACAUAGAGACUUCAACCCCAAACACUACAGCAUACAUAGGGACUUCAGUACAGAACACUACAGCAUACAUAGAGACUUCAACCCCAAACACUACAGCAUACAUAGAGACUUCAUCCCUGAACACUACAGCACACAUAGAGACUUCAACCCCAAACACUACAGCAUACAUAGGGACUUCAACCCUGAACACUACAGCACAUACAGGGACUUCAGUCCAGAACACUACAGCAUACAUAGGGACUUCAACCCCAAACACUACAGCAUACAUAGAGACUUCAACCCCAAACACUACAGCAUACAUAGAGACUUCAACCCCAAACACUACAGCACAUACAGGAGCUUCAGUCCAGAGCACUACAGCAUACAUAGGGACUUUAGUUCAGAAUACUACAGCAUUCAUAGAGACUUCGGUCCAGAACACUACAGCAUACAUAGGGACUUCAACCCUGAACACUACAGCAUACAUAGAGACUUCAACCCUGAACACUACAGAAUACAUAGGGACUUCAGGCCAGAACACUACAGCAUACAAAGGGACUUCAACCCUGAACACUACAGCACAUACAGGGACUUCAGUCCAGAACACUACAGCAUACAUAGGGACUUCAGUUCAGAAUACUACAGCAUUCAUAGAGAAUUCGGUCCAGAACACUACAGCAUACAUAGGGACUACAACCCCAAAAACUACAGCAUACAUAGGGCCUUCAACCCCAAACACUACAGCAUACAUAGAGACUUCAACCCCAAACACUACAGCAUACAUAGAGACUUCAUCCCUGAACACUACAGCACACAUAGACACUUCAACCCGAAACACUACAGCAUACAUAGAGACUUCAUCCCUGAACACUACAGCAUACAUAGGGACUUCAACCCUGAACACUACAGAAUACAUUGGGACUUCAACCCCAAACACUACAGCAUACAUAGAGACUUCAUCCCUGAACACUACAGCACACAUAGAGACUUCAACCCGAAACACUACAGCAUACAUAGGGACUUCAACCCAAAACACUACAGCAUACAUAGGGACUUCAACCCUGAACACUACAGAAUACAUUGGGACUUCAACCCCAAAUAGUACAGCAUACAUAGAGACUUCAACCCAAAACACUACAGCAUACAUAGAGACUUCAUCCCUGAACACUACAGCACACAUAGAGACUUCAACCCCAAACACUACAGCAUACAUAGGGACUUCAGUACAGAACACUACAGCAUACAUAGAGACUUCAACCCCAAACACUACAGCAUACAUAGAGACUUCAUCCCUGAACACUACAGCACACAUAGAGACUUCAACCCCAAACACUACAGCAUACAUAGGGACUUCAGUACAGAACACUACAGCAUACAUAGAGACUUCAACCCCAAACACUACAGCAUACAUAGAGACUUCAACCCCAAACACUACAGCAUACAUAGAGACUUCAACCCCAAACACUACAGCAUACAUAGGGACUUCAACCCCAAACACUACAGCAUACAUAGAGACUUCAUCCCUGAACACUACAGCACACAUAGGGACUUCAACCCCAAACACUACAGCAUACAUAGGGACUUCACUCCCGAACAGUACUUUACACAUAGGGACUUCAGUCCAGAACACUACAGCUUACAUCGGGACUUCAGUCCAGAACACUACAGCAUACAUAGGGACUUUACCCCUGAACACUACAGCAUACAUAGGAAAUUCAACCCUGAACACUACACAUUCCUCAACUGUAACGGCCAGUGUAAUCAGUCAAAAUUUGCACCAAGAAGGAAACAUGAUAUUAAUUCAAGAAAACAUGACAUGGAUUGAAGCUCUGAGUUACUGCAGGAAAUAUUAUUUUGAUCUGGUUGACAUUAAGACCAAAAACAUACAGGACCAGGUUGCUCAAAAGGCAACGAAUGCUACAUCAUCCUAUGUGUGGCUGGGUCUACGCUACACUGUUCAAUUUAAUUUUUGGUUCUGGAUUAGGUCAACGUCUAGCUGUUACCAGAACUGGUUACCAGGAGAAGGACCUCAAAGGGAUUAUGGCAGUGCUGUUAGUGGUGCCAUGGAGGCCACUGGGGGGCAGCAGUGGGUAGGUUUGCCCGAGACAGAAAAACUGAAUUUUAUCUGCAGCACAUGUGCUGGAUGAAUGAGGGCCAGUGCCCCUUAAUGUUAUAAAAAUGUUAACAUUUUCAUUGUGCUGUAUGAAAAAAAUAACACAUUUUUCCUAUACUGACAUGUGCACCCCUUGGUUUAAAAUUCAUGCUGUGUUCAGUUAUACCAUCAAUCCAGUGAACCUUGGGGGCCGUGAUCCUGAUUGUUUUAAUGCUAAGUUAUGACAUCAUAUCUCUGUUGAAAUACAGCUGCCUCCUCUGUUGUUAAUAUUGAAUUUAAUUAGAUAUGAAAACGUUUUUUAAUCUUUGCAUUUAAUGAAUAUGACAUGUUAAUUUUCUACAUGUGUCAUUUACAAGAGCAGGGCACCGGUUAAUCCCUCACCCUCACACAGCCGGCCAAACAAGAGGAAAAAAAGAAAAAGAAAAAAUGUUUCUGUUAAGUAGGCGUGCACAUUCACAUUUAUGGGCAGCAGGAAAAAUGUGGGAAAAUUGAUCAUCUGUGUGCCUUUCAACUUGGGGUUACUAUUUGCAUGUUGACCCCCUUGGCUGGGGCCUCGAGUUUGUCAGCCCAGUAUGGCCCUGAUCCAUACUGCCUGCUGAACUCACUGACCUGACCUUCGCUGGCCACUCAGAAGAUCUGCAAUACAGACAUUCACCCUCCUUCCUUUACCCUUGAGGUACACAGAGAACUGAUAAACCAUGGAAGCAAGACAUGAUGAAGCCUUAUUUAAUAUGAUAAACUGUAUAUAAAUUUUAUCUAUUGCAGAAUUGCAUAUGUCAAAGAAGUUGUUACAAAAUAGUAUGUUUUGUAUGUUUAUCUGUUUUUAUAUACAUAACAAAAUGUCUUAUUUUUUUAAGUAAAUAAAUAA